GCGGUGUCCACCCUUCUUCACCUUGCAUGGCGUCACUCCAGAGACUCCUGUCCAGGAGGUCUUAACAUUUACCAAGUGGCCUAGAACCCAACGCAUAUUUUGAGCUAAGUGGGGGUGUACACCUGGAGCGUCUAACUACCAGAGAAGUGGAGUCAGUGCCAGCCUCCACAACAUAGUCAACUCCCCAGGUGUCUUAAAGAAGGGCUAUAGAGAUGGCACAGGUUCGGUUCAGUGGUUAAGACCUGUGGCUGCUUUUCUCCAGUUUGGUUCCUAGCACCCACAUGGUUAACAGUUCACAACUGUUAACUCCAAUUCCAGGGGACCUGUUGCCCUCCUUGGGAUUCCAUGAGCACCUGGCACACAGAUGGUACACAGAAAUACAUUGAAGGCAAAUACAAAGUAAAAAUUUAAAGAAAUAGCAUGCUCUCCGCCCCCUAAGAAAGUCAGGCAUGGUAGCACUGGCCUUUAAUCCCAGAACUCAAGGGGCAGGGAGGGAGGGAGACAUGGAAGUACUGGGCUGGGGUGACGAACCCAUUAAUCUCAGCGCUUAGGGAGGCAGAGGCAGGAGGAUUUCUGUGUGGCGUUCCUUUCUUCCUCCCAUACUGAUAAAAUACCUCCCCUUUGAGUCCCUGUGAAUCAUACGAUCAUACUCAUAGGAUCGUAAUUGUAGAGUCAUAGGGGACAUUCAGAAUCGGCUGGUUAUUUAAUGGGGUUCCCAUUUCUGCUCCAAAGCCUUGUCCCCUCUCCCUACCUGCUCUGUCCAUCUGGUCUCCUUCCAUGUAGGCUGUGCUCUAAUCAAAAGGGAAAACCAGAUUUAGAUGCCCAGGAUCUGAGGACAUUCCCAGACCUUUCUUGACCUUUUCACUCAAAGGACCAGCAAGAGUUAAAUAGUCAUGCAGCCAGGAAAGGAUACAGAGGCAAGCCUUGGCCCUGGGGGAGGUCAUUCGACACCCCCUCCCUGAGUCAGUGGCUGCCUCUGACAUCAGCAACAGCUGUAUGCCUCGGUGUUCCAGUCUGCCCACACUCCCCCUCCUUCCUCUGAAUGCCAUAAUUCUCCACAGAAUAGCAAUAGCAGGACCUUGAACAUUAUCUGCGCUGCUUGUCCCACGCAACCCCCUCCCAACUCCCUAGCACCUUAGUUGAAGGCAGAUCCACAUGUGUCUGAGGCUGCACGUGUACCAAGCAAUGGGUGCGGAGAAGCUAGGGCAGUGAGCACACACUGCCUAGGCACAGGCUGCAGAGGAACAGCAGGCCUCUGUCUUCCCUAGGACUCACUGAGGGCCGGAAGCAGCACUUACAGGCAGGCUUCCUGAGCCAAAAAUGUGCCUGUUCCCUUUGCUGCAUCCCUAAGCCAUUCCUCCACAGAGGAGUAAGAGUCCACUCUGUCCCCAUAAGAACUGAGUGCUGGAGCCAGCAUCAGGGUUGGAGAGGGAAGCAAUACCUGUCUGGGACGUAAUCCCAUAGAAGACAAUGAUGGCAGCACGUGCCUGUAAUUCCAGCACUUGGGAGAUAGGCAGGAGAAUCGGGAUUUCAAGGCUCCCCUUGAAAAUACAUAGCAGGUUUGAGGACAGCCCAGGUUAGACACUGUCUUAAAGCAACCCACAGAAGAGACAGGCACACACAGAUCAAACACAUAGUUACACCUUUCCAUGGCACUGACUGGGAGGGUGUGAUCAGGGACGAGCUACUAGAAAGCCGGCGGAUGAAUGAAAAUGAACACUGGCAAAAGAGGAGUUACAGUGGGUGGGUCUCGGGGACCAGAUCAUGGGACCUUGAGUGCCUCGAGGCAGUAGCUCUCAGAACAGAACGUCUCCCACUACUUUACCAGGAUGGAAAUGGAGGCGGGCUAUGGGACUCAGCUAUCCUGUAUGGUUCCAUGUAUGUCCUUUUAUCUAAUCGCCUUGACAGGGAUGGGGGUGGAUCUUGUCCUGACUCGGCACAGUAGUGAAUGGAUACAGAAGUCAAAUGCCAGCUGCAGGAUUGGGGGACGGGCAAAUCUAAUGAGACUGUUGGCAACAUUCUUGCCAUAGGAGUUUGACUUAGAAGCAGCCUCAAGUCACCUUCAAAAGGAAGAGCUCUUGGCAGAGCAGUGCUGGGACCUAGAGCUUUGUCCCUGUGGGGCAUGCCUGGGAAAAACCGAGGCACUUCAAAGGCUACCACAGGAUCCCCUGACUGCAAAAACUGAUAGUAGAUAAUCCAAAUAAGUUGUCAUUCCCACCUUUCCGCACAGGCCAGGUCCUGGAGCAGGACUGGCUCAGCCUCAGCUGCAUGAGGCAAGGGUGAGGAAGCAGCAGGAUGUAGCCUAGGCCCACAUUACUCUCGGCUAGGGAGCUUACAGAAUGGGCUAACUUAUCCAUAGUUUCCUGAAAUGAAGACUUAGAAUGGGGCUUCAGGAAAGGCAAUUUGUAUCAAUGAGUGAGCAAAUAAAUGAUCCGUUGAACACACAGGGUGUUCAGGAGGACACUGGUAGAAGAAACCAAGGCCAACCCAAGGACCUAGGCUAUUGCUCUACCCAUGCCACUAACAUCCUGUUUUUGAACUGGUCACUGUCACCUUCUAGGCCUGAUUGAUGGUCUUGCUUUUUUUUUUUUUUUUUUUAAGCUAGGCCUUGGCUUUCCUGAAACUUACAAUGUAGACUAGGCUGGCCUUGAACUGACAAGAGAUUUACUUGCCUCUGCCUCAGAAUGCUGGGUUUAAAGGUAUGCGCUACCAUACCUGGCUCUGGUCUUGUACUGUUACUUUACUCCUCUUUGGUUCUUUUACCCUGGCUCACUCUCUCUGCCAGCAUGUUUUGUUUUGUUUGGUUUGGUUUGGUUUUUCGAGACAGGGUUUCUCUGUAGCUUUAGAGCCUGUCCUGGAACUAGCUCUUGUAGAUCAGGCUGGUCUCGAACUCACAGAGAUCCGCCUGCCUCUGCCUCCCGAGUGCUAGGAUUAAAGGCGUGCGCCACUGCCACCCGGCUCUGCCAGCGUUCUUAUUAGAGGUGAUCCACCUUGGUCAGUGGACGCUGAAUCCGGAGCUUGAGGGUGGGGCUGAAAGUCUGCAUUUAGAACUUUUGAGAAGCUGUAUGCCCUCUGUCCAACUGCCUCAUCCCAGUGGCUUCUUUCCUCCAUCUACUGAGCCCGGCCCUCUCUGCUCCCUUCUACACACUCUGCCCCCUCCCACCUUGGCCAUCACUGCAGUGUGAGGCAAUCAUUCCAUCCUUGACCCUCUGCACAGUGACUGAUGGCUUUUUUAUCUCCGAGCGAUGAUGCACAACCUUCCGCUAGAAGCUUUUAAGGCAGAGCGCUUGGUUCAAACCACAGCUGCAGGACUCAAGACCUUGAACAGCUCGGGAAGAGCAAACCCUUGAGUGCGGCCACAUUGCAGUACGGUACUGCUACAUCUGCCAGCAAACUAUGUUGCUAGCCACAUUUAAGCUGUGUGCUGGAAUCUCCUACAGACACAUGCGGAACAUGAAAGGACUGAGGCACCAAGCUGUGCUGGCCAUUGGCCAGGAGCUGAACCGGAGAACACUGGGAGACGCCAGUCCUGGGUGGAUCAGUCAGGUUCGGCGUCGGAGCUCUCUGCUUGGUUCUCAGCUGGAAGCGACACUCUAUAGUGAGCAGGAGCUGUCCUACAUCCAGCAGGGAGAGGUGGCUAUGCAGAAGGCCUUGGGCAUCCUCAGCAACCAGGAAGGCUGGAAGAAAGAGACCCAGCAGGAAAACGGUGAUGAAGUGCUCAGUAAAGUAGUUCCGGAUGUGGGCAAGGUGUUUCGGUUGGAGGUGGUGGUAGACCAGCCUAUGGACAGACUCUAUGAAGAACUUGUGGACCGCAUGGAGGCGAUGGGAGAGUGGAACCCAAAUGUCAAGGAGAUCAAGAUCCUGCAAAAGAUCGGGAAAGACACAGUCAUCACCCAUGAGCUGGCUGCUGCAGCAGCAGGAAACCUGGUGGGGCCCCGUGACUUCGUGAGCGUGCGCUGUGCCAAGCGCAGGGGCUCCACCUGUGUGUUGGCAGGCGUGGCCACACGUUUUGGGGAGAUGCCCGAACAAAGUGGUAUCAUCAGAGCUGAACACGGUCCCACCUGCAUGGUGCUUCACCCAGUGGCUGGAAGUCCCUCAAAGACUAAAUUUACUUGGCUCCUCAGUAUUGACCUCAAGGGGUGGCUGCCGAAGACCAUCAUCAACCAGGUCUUAUCGCAAACCCAGAUGGACUUUGCCAACCAUCUGCGCAAGCGCCUGGAGUCCAGCCCUGCCUCUGAAGCCCGGUGUUAACUGUGCCCACUACAUCAACCUGUACACCAUCAGCAGACUCCCGCAGGAAGCCUUCGAGUCCGGUUAAAAUCUUCAGCUGGUGUAACGGGAGGAGUAGCCAUUAGACUCUAGGACUGGCUGGUAAAAAUUGGCCAUCAGGAAAAUAGAAAUGAGGCUGAGAAGAAAAGACCUCUAGCCUCUCUCACCGAUUAGCUGUGAAGUAGAGGCUAAGGGAUAAACAUCUGUUAAACCAUUCCAGUAGCCGACAUGACAAGGUGGGGUGCUCAAAGCCACGGCCUCAAGCAAUGUGCAGUUUUACGUAGGGAACUCCAGUGACCUGCUCCUCCAUAAAAGGCCCAGACCAACAAACUACCCACAAAUGGACCCUUCCCCAGCAUAUUCCAAGUUUUGUCUAAGAAGAAACAAAACUAGUUACUCUGCUGGCUUCCCUGCUUACUCCGUCACAAUAAAGCACCAUCCAUGCGAACUUCA